GAAAGGCCAUUUUUCAGGAAUAUAUUCUUCAGUGAGUAAAUGCUCAACUGUCUGAAGAACAACAUUUGGCAUAAAAGUGGCAAUUCACCUACAGGAAACUACCACAGACAAUACUAUACUUUUGUGGAAAUCAAUACACGUUUCCAUCGCCACAUUCCUAGUUGAUUCUCGAGCAAAUAUGAGGACAGAAACACGCUAACUGAUCAUUGUAAAUAACAGUAUAGGAAUAUUACCCACAAAUAAAAUCUGAUUUUUUUAAAAAAAUGGUGAUUCAGAAUAAUUCUUAACAGUUGAUUGAGCAUUAUCUCAGCUCACUCACCUAAAAUGACAGCUAUAAAUAGCCCCCCCUAGGAAGCACAAGUACUGCAAAGAGAAACUAGCUCAAGAAAGAAUUCCUACAACAAACACAAACAUUUCAGUAUUUUCAGCGUUCAGGUAGUAACAAUGGAGGUUGUGAGGCAGCUAGUGAAUGACAAACAGCUAGUGAUCUUCAGCAAAAGCUCUUGCUGUGUUUCUCACUCGAUGAAGCAACUUAUUAGCAGCUAUGGAGCAAAUGCAACUGUAUAUGAGCUCGAUGAAUUACCCAAUGGGAAAGAAAUCGAGAAAGGUCUUCUGAGCAUGGGAAAUAAGCCGAGUGUUCCUGCUAUUUUCAUCGGCCAAAAGUUUGUUGGUGGUUCUAAUGAAAUCCUUAGCCUCCAAAUCCAAGGGAAACUGGUGCCUCUGCUCAUAGAAGCAGGAGCUAUAUGGGUUUGGAAUAGAACAUCAACUGAGUAGACAAAUAAGGACUUAGCUUUCUGAACCUCCUUCUUUUUAUUGUAGGAGGUGAAGAUAUUAAUUAACACAAUGAUUCCACUAAUGGAAUCACUUUCAGUUGUAAGGAAAUUUUCUUCUAUUUUAUUGUAUAUAUAAAUAAAAAAGACUAGCCUUUUUUUUUAUAAAAUGAGUUAAAUAAUAUAAUGCCACUGAUUUAAUCACUA